GACUUCUGUGUGCGCGCGCGCGCGUGGCCGCCGCCGCCGUCCUUUGGUUGCUUCUGUCUGAUAGGCCCCGAGCCCUCUCCAAUUGUUUCGCAACAACAACAACAGCAGCAGUCACGCCGCGAGUAAACAACAACAACAACAGCAGCAGCCACGCCGCGAGUAAACAACAACAACAAUGAAGGCGAGACCCACGUAACAGCACGUGGCACGGCGCCUUUUGACGAGUUCGCGCAUGUUGAUGGCAGUAGCCGAGGACGUUGGGUGAAAUGGAGGGAUGAAUGCCCUCUCGAUGCGUCUUCUCCGCGGAUGGUCCUCACUCCUCGCCACGGCCGCCGUGCUCAUCUGGAUCACGGUGCAUUGGAAGCUUCCAGACGAGGCCUGGCGCCGCGCGCAGCCUGGGACUCGCCCGGCGGGUCCCCCGACCCCAAGCCCCCGGGAGCAGGCCGAGGAUGAGGCCCUGAUGCGGGAGCUACGCUGGCCCUCUCCGCCACGGUGGCCUGUGGCCUACGAGGCCACCACAUCCGCAGCGCACAGCUGGGUGGAGGUGACGUCCCCGACGGGGCGGCUGGUGGUGGGCGGCACGCUGGAGGUGACGGUGCGGGCGCACGACCACCUGGGCCGCCCCAAGGGCUACGGCGGAGACUUCCUAGAGGCCCGUCUGCUCUCGGUCCCCGUGGGCCGUGCGGCCGUCCCCGCCGUGCGGUACGCGGACCGAGGGGACGGCACCUACGGCGUGGCCUUCCCGCUGGCGUGGGCCGGCGCCGCCACGGUGGCCGUGAGCCUCGUGCACCCCGCCGAGGCCGUCCAGCUGCUGGCGCGCCUGCGGGAGGAGCGGCCCGACAAGGUCUACUUCAGGAGUCUCUUCCGCCUGGGCACUCUCUCCGAGACCACCGAGUGCAACAUCCUCCCAGAAUACCUCUCCCCGCCCCCAUCGCCGCCCCCAUCGCCCUCCCCGUGGUGGCGGCGGUGGUGGCGGUGGCCGUGGCGGCGGCCGGUCCGGGCCCCCGGGGGCCGCCGGCCGCUGUGCGACUUGUCGGGCCGGAGGGAGGCGAGCGAGCGCUGGGUGUGCGUGCGCCCGCGGGCUCCCGCGCUGCCCUGCUCCUCGCGCCGCGACCACUCGAAGGGCGGAUACCGCGGCGGGUUGCUCACGGCGGGGGACGAGCGGCUCCUGCAGACUGGCGUGAACUUGAGAACUCCAAUUCCCGUGCUGGGCUCGGACCGGAUCACCGUUCAUCUUCGCGUGCCGCACCCUGACACGGGCAGACCUCAUCACCAUCCACCUCCACCUCCACCACGUCGUCACCGGCUCCCCGUGUGCUCCCCGGGGCCCCCACCUGAGUACGGAUACUUCCUGCGUGGCGAUUGGCUGCAGCCGUCGUGCCGUUCCCUGCGGUUCAGGCGCCCGGAGCGGGUGGCUCGCUGCCUGGCGGGGAAGAGGGUUCACCUCGUCGGGGACUCGAACGUGCGCCAGUGGUUCGAGCACCUCGUGGACUUCGUGCCCACUCUCCGCCAGGUCCCGACCGGCGCCCCCCUCAGCACGGGCCCCCUGCUAGCGGUGGACGCGUCGCGCUCCACGUCGCUGCGCUACCACUGCCACGGCCCCCCAAUCCGCUUCACCGGGGUGCCCGCCGACACGCUGCGAUGGGAGGCGCCGCGGUUGGCGCGCCUGGAGGGCGGCCGCGGCUGCGUGGUGGCGCUGUCGCUGGGCGCGCACUUCACCAGCUUCCCGCUGGGGGUGUUCGUGCGCAGGGCGCGGGCGCUGGGGCGGGCGCUGGGCUCCCUGCUGGCGCGUGAGCCGGGCACCGUCGUGGUGGUGCGCACCGCCAACACGCAGGCGCAGUCGGUGCAGCUGGCGCCCUACGGCAGCGACUGGCUGGCGCGCCAGCAGAACGUGGCCCUGCGGCGGCUGCUGUCGGGCCUGCCGCUGGGCUGGGUGGACGCCUGGGCCAUGAACGUGGCCCACUCGGGGCCGCCCCGACUCCACCCGGAGGCCGCCAUCGUGCACCUGCAAGUGGAGGCGAUGCUCUCGUACGCGUGCCCAGACAUGGACGACGAGGAGGACGAUGAGGAGGAGGAGUUG